AUGGCAGUUUUAAUGAAAGAUUGUGAGCGAAUAGCAGGCUACAGUGCCUCAUCCAACAUUUGCAUCGGCACACAUCGAGGCCAUGGCCACAGUAACAUUUGCGUGGGUGACAGUGGCGGACCCUUCAUGUGCAAAUCCUUGGCAAAAGACAAAUGGACAAUAUUUGGAAUACACAGCUUUGUAGCAGGUUAUAAACUAGAUUGGGGGUGGGCAAACUAUGGUCACAGAGUUACAACUGACAAGUAUGUUGUUUCAGAGUUGUGCCAAGCGAGUGUUGACACAAGUGUAUUUUAUUAUAUCAAUUUUAUAACUGAAACAAUUAGCAGCUGA